AUGGGUACCGAAGAUGUAGCCGUAUUCCCCUCUGUAGAGGCACCUCCUGACUCAGAUGGUGUUGCUCCGCCUGGUGGUGCUGCUCCGCCUGAUGGUGCUCCGCCUGGUGGAAUUCCUCCGCCCGAGGGUGCUCCUCCUGAUGGUGCUCCUCCUGAUGGUGCUCCUCCUGAUGGUGCUCCGCCUGGUGGAAUUCCUCCGCCCGAGGGUGCUCCGCCUGAUGGUGCUCCGCCUGAUGGUGCUCCGCCUGAUGGUGCUCCGCCUGAUGGUGCUCCGCCUGAUGGUGCUCCUCCUGAUGGUGCUCCUCCUGAUGGUGCUCCUCCUGAUGGUGCUCCUCCUGAUGGUGCUCCUCCUGAUGGUGCUCCUCCUGAUGGUGCUCCUCCUGAUGGUGCUCCUCCUGAUGGUGCUCCUCCUGAUGGUGCUCCGCCUGGGGGAAUUGCUCCGCCUGAUGGAAUACCCCCCCCUGAUGGUGCUGCUCCGCCUGAGGAUGUGGCUCCGCCUGAUGGUGCUGCUCCCCCUGUUGGAAUCACUCUGCUUGAGGGUGCUGCUCCGCCUGAUGGUGCUGCUCCGCUUGAUGGUGCUGCUCCGCCUGAUGGUGCUGCUCCGCCUGAUGGUGCUGCUCCGCCUGAUGGUGCUGCUCCGCCUGAUGGUGCUGCUCCGCCUGAGGGUGUGCCUGAGGGUACUACUCCGCCUGGGGAUGUGGCUCCGCCUGAGGGUGCUGCUCCCCCUGUUGGAAUCACUCUGCUUGAGGGUGCUGCUCCGCCUGAGGGUGUGCCUGAGGGUGUGCCUGAGGGUACUACUCCGCCUGGGGAUGUGGCUCCGCCUGAGGGUGCUGCUCCCCCUGUUGGAAUCAGUAUGCUUGAGGAUGCUGCUCCGCCUGAGGGUGUGCCUGAGGGUACUACUCCGCCUGGGGGUGUGGCUCCGCCUAAGGGUGCUGCUCCCCCUGUUGGAAUCACUCCCCCUGUUGGAAUCACUCCCCCUGAUGGUGUGGCUCCGCCUGAGGGUACUGCUCCGCCUGAGGGAAUCACUCCCCCUGAAGGUGUGGCUCUGCCUGAGGGUGCUGCUCCGCCUGAUGGAAUCACCCCCCCUGUUGGAAUCACUCCCCCUGUUGGAAUCACUCCCCCUGAUGGUGUUGCUCCGCCUGUGGGUGUUGCUCCUUGGGAUGAUAAUGCAGUCACACCUCCGCCAACAGUAUGA